AUGUCCGCCGAGCCCAAGGAGAUGCCGCUGAAGCGAGCCGAGGAACCCUCGUCGCCGUCGUCGGAGGAUGUUGGGGCCCAGGGCUCCGGCGAGGAGCGCACCGAGGAAGAUGAGGCGGAGGGUUCUGGUGGUGCAUCACCGGCGAGGGGUCUGCUGCCCGACGACAGCGCCGACGCCGGCCACAACAAGAGAGGCGCGACUCCGAAGCGGGGCGAGAAGCGCUCCCCGCCGCCACGGCAGGGAGAUGAGCGCCCGGAGAAGCGCGCCGUGGGACCUGCUGGCGAGACCGUCGCCGCGUCUGCCCCACGGCGCAAGAAGAAAAGCAAGAGGUCCGCCGAGAAGGACAGGCGCAAGAAGAAGAAAAAGAAGCAGCUUAGAAAGGCCUUGACCAAACCGAAGUUGCCGCCCCAAUUGCUGGAACUAGAGCUCAACGACGACAGAGAGGACACACCCUCCUUGCCUGACAUCGCCCAAGAAGACGAGCACAAUGGCAGAGAGACGGCAGAGCAAGAGCAAGAGCAGAGCAGCACCUCACCCCCAGAGGUCGAGCACAGAGCCCGUGAAGAGGAGCAGCAGGAGAAGAAGAUCAUAGAGCAAGAGCAUGCCAGUGACACUUCACCCCCACAUGACAAGGACAUGCACAUCGUCCAUGGAGAGCAGCAGCAAGAGAAGGAGGUUGCAAAUCAAGAGCAUGCAGAUGACACCUCACCCCCAAAAGACAAUCACAGAGAAGCUCGGGACAAGAUCCGCAAGCUUAGGACACGGUACCGCAAGAUCCUUGUACAAGGCUGCCGGAUGUUUAAGCUGUCUGAAAUUCUCUGGGGCCAAGUUGAUGAAGAUGAGCGGGUUGAGCCAACAUCUAGGGACUUCAGUGUACUAUCAAAAUUGUAUCCUCAUCUGGCCAAAGAAGUCAAAGCGUACGCCGAAACGCACAGCUCGGGGGACUUAAUCAUGGCAAUGUUCAUGACCAUAGGUGAUGAGAAGGCCCGCGAUCUUGAUGCUAAGUGCAAGAAGCAACAGAUUGAAGCAUUCAAGUUGGAGUUGGGCCAGGCAAGCCUAAUCAAUGAAUUGCUCUCUGCACUUUCAAGUCUGACCUGUGUGAAGUUCUAG